AUGACAUGUCUACCAAACACCCCAGAAAUUGCCAUCAUCGGAGGUGGCAUUGUGGGACUCGUCCUAGCCGCCGGUCUCACUCGCCGUGGAGUGCAAGUGAAACUCUUUGAACAGGCGCGCAACUUUCGCGAGAUUGGUGCUGGCAUCGGAUUCACACGUAACACCGUCCAGUGCAUGGAGAAGAUCUGCCCAGGUAUUGUGCGCGCUCUUCGAUCUGGCGGUGCGGUCAAUGUGUCACUGGAUCAAAAUGAUCCGAAAUCGUACCUGAGGUAUAUCAACGGGCAUGGGGUACAGCGUGAAGACGAUCCGAUGUACCAGAAGCCGUUGCUGAGGCUCGAUGCGGGAAUCGGCGGGUGGGAGACCGUCCGUCGAGAUCAGUUUCUGGACGAUUUGGUCAAGGAAAUCCCCGAGGGUGUGAUUCACCUCCAGAAGCGACUGGAGAUGAUUGUUGACGAGGAGGACAAAGAUAAGGUGGUGCUGUACUUCACUGAUGGAAACAUCGUUGAGGCCGAUGCUGUUAUUGCGACCGAUGGUAUCAAAUCCACUGUCCGAAGACUUCUCCUUGGUGCAGACGAUCCUGCUUCGUACCCGCAGUAUAGCCACCAGGUCGCGUAUCGGGCACUUAUUCCCAUGGAUAAAGUCUGCACUGCCAUCGGUGAAUAUAAGACCCACAGACAACACAUGCACCUUGGGCCAAAGGCGCACCUCAUUCACUACCCAGUCAACACAAACACCAUCGGUGCAACGGUGAUCAUCUCUGACCCCGACGAGUGGCCACUUGACAAACCCACUACCGCCUGGGUCUCUAGAAAGGCUGUCUCACACGCCCUCUCGGACUGGAGUCUGCCAGUACGGAAUCUUGUAGAGCUAUUCCCUGAGGAGCUUGAUCAAUGGGCGCUCUUUGACCUCGCUGAAUACCCGCUCCCAAAAUAUAACAAAGGUCGCGUCUGUCUUGUCGGCGAUGCAGCACACGCAUCCACCCCACACCAUGGAGCCGGCGCAUCGUUCGGGGUGGAGGAUGUGCUCUGUCUGUGCACUAUGAUACCCGAGCAAACAAGUCAGAUAGUCCGGGAUCGUAACGUGUCUACAGGCGAUGCUUUGCGCGCCGCGUUUGAGACAUAUGAUAACAUUCGACGAACCCGUACUCAGUGGCUUGUCAAUAGUAGCCGCCGUGUUUGCGAUCUGUUUCAACAACCUGAGUGGGCGGAUCCGGCCAAAAUAGCGAAGGCCGAGUCAUGCUUGGAAGAAGUUAAAGAUCGGUCAUUUAAGAUCUGGCAUUUUGACUCAACGAAGAUGCAGGAAGAUACUAUUCGGGAUUACCAGCAAAGAAUGGGAUAUCUUGGGAAGACAAAGAUGGCAAAUGGAGUCUCUGGUAAGGCUAUCAAUCUUUCCCAGGAGCCUGAAUGGCUCUUUUCGGCGUGA